UUUUUCAAUCCAUAGUCGCAACAAUAAUGGCGGCCCCCUCGUGUCAUGUGUGAUUGUCGUCGAACCCGAAGAUAAUUUAAUUCACCUCUCAACUGGACGCAUUUGAGAAAGGUAGUUUUUUUUAACUAUAUAAAAUUAAUAUAUGAAGAUUGAGACGCGCCAAUUUGCGUCAGUGAACAUUGCUACGAUACGUUUGUUGCUAGCUAAACAGGGAAUACGUUGCUUGGUUAGCUAACGAGACUGAACACUCUGAUUUGUUAGCAUCAAAUUCUUAAGAAAUGAAGACUAAGAACACGAAUAAGAAGCGAAUCCACGCCACCCCGGUGAAGCCACUCAAACGUAGCAUUGAAGUUAAGGGAGAAUGGAAGGCGGUCGAUUUAGAUCCCGGGAUCUUCUCCGAGGAGGGCCUGGAUGGGCUGGUUUGUUUUGAGGAGCUAACAAGUUAUCGUUUAGUGGAUACUGACAAAACUGCAGCACAAGUAAAGGAGGGGAAGCUAAAAGCAAAGAAGAGAAAGUCGAGUCGAGAUGGUAGCGUGGAGAAGGGAGAUGUUGACAGCAAACAGUCCGAAAAGCCACUUGAACCAGCUAAAAAGAAGAAGAAGAAGAAUAUUGAUAUCAAUGAAUCAAGCCAGGACGAGACCAUCACGUUGGAGGUGACGCAUAUUGACGCAAAUAAAAAAGAGGACACUUCCACUAGCCCAUCUGUGAUUACUGCCACAGAAGAUAAACGAAAAUUGAAAAAAAAAUCAAAAAGAAAUAAGAAAAAGAAGCAGAAUUCCGCCGAAGAAGAAACCAAGGCCAGCAAAUCAAGCCCAGAUGAACCGAUAAAGCCCAAAAAGCAGUUAAAAAACUGGACCAAUGCUGCACUUUCCGGUUCUCGUGUCAAAAACACGGACAUUAGCGCAUGGAAAGACCUCUUUGUGCCCCCUGUUGUUCUGAAGGCCCUCAGCGACCUUGGAUUCACUUCACCGACCCCUAUUCAAACCUUGGUACUUCCACCAGCCAUCAGAGAUCGCAUGGAUAUAUUAGGAGCAGCCGAGACGGGAAGUGGCAAAACAUUAGCAUUUGGUAUUCCCAUGAUCCAUAACAUCCUGGAGUGGAAGAGCAACUCGGGAAAGGAUCGCAACAUGGAUUCAGAUAGUCCAGAGUCCCCUGAAGACAAUGAAGUGAGUUCUGAGGAGGAAGGAAGUGUCGCCAUGGAGGAUGAAGAUGUUGAGGAAGACGCCAUUGAUGAGGAGGAUGAUGAUGAUGAUGAGAAUCUGAGGCUGGGAUGCGUCAAGGUGAUUGAAGAUGUGGCUAUGAACUUUGACGACAACUCUGCUGAAGCCGGCGAGAAGGACGGUGCUGGAGCUCAAGGCCGCCCUCUGCUUGGACUGGUCCUCACCCCCACGAGGGAGCUGGCGGUCCAAGUCAAACACCACAUUGAUGCGGUGGCCAAAUUCACCGACAUCAAGACCGCCAUUGUGGUGGGCGGGAUGGCACAACAGAAGCAGAGGCGGAUGUUAAAUCACAGGCCAGAAAUCAUCAUCGCCACUCCAGGACGCCUGUGGGACUUGAUCAGGGAGAAACAUCCACAUCUUCUCAACCUCAGACCACUUAGGAGCCUGGUGAUUGACGAAGCGGACCGCAUGGUGGAACGAGGCCACUUUGCCGAACUGGAGUCUCUCCUCGAGAUUCUCAACACAACCCACUUCAAUCCCAAGAGGCAAAACUUCGUGUUCUCCGCCACGCUCACCAUGGCUCACAGCCUUCCCACACGCGUGUUGCAGAAGAAAAAGCGCACGCAGCCCAACGACAAAGUGACCCUCCUCAUGGAGAGAGUGGGGAUCAAGUCCAAGCCCAAAGUGAUCGACCUCACCAGGAAACAGGCCACCGUGGAGACCUUGACCGAGACCCAGAUUCACUGCCAGCGAGAGGAGAAGGACUUCCUGCUCUACUAUUUCCUGUUGCAGUAUCCCGGCCGCACCAUGGUGUUUGCCAACAGCAUCGACUGCAUCAAGCGGCUCAACACGCUGCUGGUCAUCCUGGACUGCACGCCACUGCCGCUGCAUGCCAACAUGCACCAGAAGCAGCGCCUGAAGAACCUGGAGAGGUUUGCUGAGAUGGAGAGUUGUGCUUUGCUGACAACUGAUGUGGCAGCAAGAGGACUGGACAUCCCCGACGUGCAACAUGUUAUUCACUAUCAGGUUCCCCGCACAUCCGAGACGUACGUCCAUCGCAGCGGCAGAACAGCGAGAGCCACCAAGGAGGGUCUCAGUCUACUCCUCAUCGGUCCGGACGACAUGGUCAACUUCAAAAAAAUCUCCAAGACCCUUAAAAAAGACGAGGAACUUCCUGUGUUUCCCAUCGACAGACACAGCAUGGAAGCCAUCAAGGAGCGUGUAAACCUGGCAAGAAAAAUCGAAAAGAUCGAGUUCUUCAACAGCAGGCAAAAGCACCACAACUCCUGGUUCACGCAAGCAGCAGAGGCCAUGGACAUCGCCCUUGAUGAAGACCUCUUACUCGGUCAUGGGAGAGAUGAGGACGACGAAAGGGGGCAACAGAAGAUGGUGAAAAGCAUGAAAAAACACCUGAAGCAUCUCAUCUCCAAGCCCGUGUUCAAGGGCGCCACAAAGACCAAGUACCCCACUCAGAUGGGGCGCCUCUGUUUGGCUAACAUGUCCCUCGCGGGAGACCAAAGCGCCAUCACGAGUGUUUCGGCUGUGAAGAAGAAUAACAAGAAUACUCCAUCACAGCGUAAAAAAGAGAGGCUGUGAACAUUUUUUUAUGGAAAUAUGAAAUCAAAUGGAAUCAAGUUAUAAUGCAGGUUUAAUUAAAAUAUUUUAACUACAACUUGUGAUUAUUUUUUACAGUGAAUGCUGAGAUGCUAAACUGAGUUGAGAGGCCAAAGACAACUCCGCUCUUAAAAGGUGA